AUGAAUGUUAAAAUUGGAAUUCUUGACACUUCAUCAACCAGCCAAUCAAUCAAACAAGUAAGAUGCCAAAAUCAAAUCAAACCACCAAUUCACUCAAAACCUGGUGUCUCAACGGGUGGUUCAUUUCAAGCUUUGGCAGUCGAAUCAAUCCAAUCAGAUUCAGAAAGCGAUUCACAAACCAAUUCGAUCAUUCCAUCACAUCGAACACCUUCUACUGCCAUCUCAACUUCAACUAAAAAGUGA